UCCCUCUGGAAGACCCAAAAGAGUUUCCCUCGCAGGUGCCGUUCGGCGAAGCGAGAGCACGGACCAAAGCUCGGAACCAUGGAGGGUCAGGGAGACCGAGCGAGGACGAGCAAGCCGAAGCGAGAGAAUCAGCUCCUGGCCUUCACCGGAGCCGCCGCCGCCCUCGCCCUCGCCGCCAACCUCGCCGUCUCCGCCGUCAGGGCGCACAGGAGGAAUCGAAGGAGGAAAGAUCUUCGUGGCUCGGAUGUACGAGUCGGCCUCUCGGCUCGGGAAAUAUCGAAAUUAGCGGACCGGAUAGUCGCCAGGUCGAAGGAGGUCCACGAUGUGGUCGCUUCGGUGCCUCUUGACAAGGUUAGUUACACGAAUGUCGUGUUGCCGCUAGCUGAAUUAGAGGCGGAAGAGUUUCCACUUGUGCAGUCUUGUAUAUUCCCGAAGAUGGUCUCGGGGUCGGAUGAUGUGCGCAAAGCUAGCGCUCAAGCAGAGGGUAGGAUUGAUGCACACAAAUUGAGUUGCAGUCUCCGUGAAGAUGUGUAUCGUGUCGUAAAAGCUCUUUUGACGAGGGGAGAUUGGAUGAAUCCUGAAGCAUCUUGCUAUAUACAGUUCCUGAUAAGAGACUUCGAGCGGAAUGGAUUGAAUCUUGCUACAGCAAAAAGAGAGGAAGUGCAGCGCUUGAAAUCUCAAAUUGAUGAACUAAGCUGCCAAUAUAUUCGAAACCUUAAUGAUGAUUGCAGUUAUCUUCUCUUCAGUGAGAGUGAGCUACAUGGAUUGCCACCUGAGUUCCUUAAGAAUUUAGACAAAGCUCAGAAUGAUAAAUACAGGGUUUCUCUUAGAAGUCAAAAUGUUGCAGCAGUGCUGGAGCUCUGCAAGGUGGGAGCAACCAGGAGGACAGUAGCGACAGCAUAUGGAAGGAGAUGCGGGGAAAUAAAUCUGUCUAUUCUUGAAAAUCUGGUCCAGCUUCGGCAUAAAUUAGCUAAAUUACUUGGCUACUCAAAUUAUGCAGAAUAUGCUCUUGACUGCAGAAUGGCAAGAAAACCAUUAAAGGUUUUUGAGUUCUUAGAGGACAUCUCUGCCAGUUUGACAAACAUGGCUGAUAGGGAACUGACAGUGUUGAAGGAUUUGAAGAGAAAAGAGGAAGGAGACGUCCCUUUUGGCAUCGAGGAUCUAUUGUAUUACAUAAAGACAUUUCAAGUGCAGCACUUUGAUCUAGAUUUUGGAGCCAUUAAGCAAUAUUUUCCAGUCAAAUUAGUUCUAUCAGGCAUCUUUAAAAUUUUCCAAGACCUUUUUGGCUUGAGAUUUGAAGAAAUUGCAGACCCUGAGGUCUGGCAUUGUGAUGUUCGAUUAUUUUCAGUUAUUGACUUAAGUUCCGGUGAUCUCCUGGGGUAUUUCUACCUUGAUAUGUAUAAAAGAGAAGAAAAGUAUGGUCACACAUGUGUGGUUGCUCUUCAGAACAGAUCAUUAUCAUUUAACAAUGUUGCCCAGAUACCAGUGGUAUUGCUAAUAACUCAAUUCCCAAAGGAUAUUGGCGGUCAUCCUGGUCUUCUACGAUUCUCUGAAGUGGUCAACUUUUUCCAUGAGUUUGGACAUGUGAUGCAGCAUAUCUGCAACAGGGCAUCAUUUGCCAGAUUCUCAGGGCUGCGUGUUAGUCCGGAUUUUGAGGAGAUUCCGGCUCAAGUGUUUGAAAAUUGGUGUUAUGAAAGCCUCUGCUUAAAGUUGAUAUCUGGCUUCCAUCAGGAUUUGACAAAGCCAGUCAACGACGAAAUGUGCCGAUCGCUAAAAAGAUGGCGAUACAGUUUUUCAGCACUUAAAUUGAAGCAAGAAAUUCUUUAUAGUCUUUUCGAUCAGAUUAUACAUUCUGCUGAUGACAUCGAUAUUGCCGAGCUAUAUAAGCAUCUCCAUCCAAAGGUGAUGCUGGGAUUGCCAAUUUUGGAAGGAACCAAUCCCGCGACCUGUUUUCCACGCUGUGCAAUUGGUUAUGAAGCAGCUUGUUAUAGUAGAAUCUGGAGUGAGGUAUUUGCCACUGAUAUUUUUCUCUCAAAGUUCAGGGAUGAUCUUUUCAACCAAAAUAUGGGAAUGAUGUUUAGGAAUAAGGUAUUGGCUCCAGGAGGUGCGAAGGAUCCUAUUGAAGUUCUCUCCGAUUUUCUCGGAAGAGAACCCUCCAUUCAGGCUUUUGUCGAUGUCAGAGCAGAACAUGGUUUGUGACGAAGCAGAUAUAUCUCUCCUUUCGCUCUUCUACUUGAAGAAUGCACAUAAUUUGCCUUUUGGGUUCCCUCAUAGUUUCAAGCGGUUUAAAAACCUCGAAUAGAUGCCACUUUUUCUCUUGCGAAGAGGAUGAUGAAUCGACCGUGCUAGAAAAAAAACCUAAAAAGAAGAGGUUACGUGCCCUUGCAAUGCAUCAACCAAGUCUUGUAUUACUUCAAAUUCACACUAGUCAUUUGUUAUCAGAGAUGUCUUUCUCAUAUCAUCCGACUCUGUUCCCGAGUGUAAGGUCUUCUUUCGGCAAUGCUUAUUAGAGAAGUGACAGCUUUGUUUGAUGUUACCGUCGUCAUACAUGAAUGAUUGUCAUGAUUAGAGAGAGCUGGCAUGUCUUUAUCUGGAUCGAUGUAUAUACUGUGAUUCAGUAAUCAGAAUUCAGAAGCAAUGCGUUUUUUGCUCA